AAGAACAUGAAUUCCCACACUGACUAUUAAAAUGUACUAUAACACUGAAAAUGUGCAGGGUGGCUGGCGAUCGCUCCUGUUGUGUCUAGAAAUCUGAAACCUGUCAUUGCGCAAUGUGACGUUUAUAACUGUUUGCUUCUCCCCGGAUUCUGAAUGCACAAAUCAGAAUCAGUAAUUGAGAUUGAAGGAUCGGCUGACCAAUGGCAAGUACUGGAAGACUGAAAGUAUAAAUGUGGAAAAAAGGAAAAAUGUCAAACAACACUUACCUGUUUGCGACACCCUUAUCACCUGUAUGAGAUCUCACUAUUCUAUCUUGUGGAAGAAACUACAGACAUUCCCACAAACUGUAAGAGAGGAACAGCUUUGUGACAGAAUUCCUACGGCUUUGAAGAUGCAAAUAAAAACCUUUUUUAAAGCAGCAGUUAAGCUGAUUUCCAAGAAAAAUGCCAUCACCUCUGUUCCAUUGAGCUUUAUGUUGUUGGGUUUGCAGGCGUUGCUUGAUGUCCAGUUCGCAUGCCCAUGCAAAGUUAAGUGGAAUGCACUUAUAUCAGGUUUCGUCUUCAUUGUUCCAAGUCUCUUUGCUUUUGUCAUAAUGAUCAUGCUUUUGAGGCCUUGUAAAUAUAAAUGCAGCCGUUCUCAAAGACAGAACAGUGGUGGAAGAAUGCAAGGUCAGGACAACAAUGAAGCCUCUCAAGAACAAGAUAAAAGUGGACAAUCUCAAGAACAGGACAAAAGUGCAAUAUAUCAGUCUGAAGAAACGAUGCAGAGUUUUGAGACCGUUUUGAUGGCCUGUCUGAUUCCACCGAUUGUGUGGAUCUGUAUAUUUUUAAUUGAUGGUGAUUAUCUUGCAUGUGGACUCACAGACUGGAAUGGACAGUAUGCCUGUGAUAAGGACCUGCAUCCGAUUUGUGUGAACUGGUGCAAACCUACUGAAUUAAACCAAGGAGGAAAUGAGACCGAUCUAUAUGAACGAACACGAGAGUUGAUUGAUCAAUCAAAGUGUAUAGGUUAUAGCCUGGCAUUUGUCUUCUGCAUUAUAGCCAUUAUUAUUGUGACUGCUAACGACUGCAACAGAGGUCGCAAUUCGGCCUGCUGCAGAAAUGCAGCUCCAGAAAAUGAAGGUGAGGUACGGCGUGAUCUGUUGGCAGACUUACACAAGAAACAAAGUGUGCAACAUGAGAUGGGCAAGCUUCAAGAUGACGGCUCCCGACACAGACAUCCAAGUCAAGUUGUAGAAAUAGAAGAAAAAGUUUAAUAGAUCAUUUCCAGAUCAUGUGUUGUGUUUAUAUUCUCUAUAUAUUCUAUUUCUGAAAGUGCAAGCAUAUUCUUAUUUACAUGUAAUUUGUUUUAUUCUGUUAUCAGUAGGAUUUGCUUCAAUAUCAUGUCACAGUAUUGUAGUAGGCUAAUGCUUUAUUCUACAGUAAGUAUUUACAGUAAGUUUAUAUAAUGUGACUUUGAAUUGCAGUGAAAAGAUACAACUUUCGUGAAAAGCAACAAAUCACACUGAAAUACUACGAUCCACAAUAGUACAUUUUCAAAGAUUAUGCAUCCAUCUCUUCCUUGUAUGUGUUGUGUGAUACUUUGUGUCUCUUGAAUAACUUUAUUAUCUUGUUUGUAUCACUGCAGACUGAGCUGGAAAUCAUCCAGUCAUGUUUGACUGGUAUGUGGCUUAACCUAGUUGAUGAAUCAAAGUACAGAUCCUGUCUUUAUAGCUGUUAUAGGUGUGAUUGGCAAGUUAAUAAAUUAAGGGAAUUAAUAUGGGUGUGAUCAUGUUGUCCCAGCAUGUAUGCAUUUGUAGAUGUUUCUUCAAUAUGACUGGAUGUUCUGAGAAAAAAAAAAAAAAAAAAAAAAAAACUCUUGCAAAGUAAAAGUGAAAACAUCUAGUGGACUUCACUCCUGGAUAUUUCAAGAAACAGAAGCAACCAAAAGAAUUUAAAAAAAAGUUUUAUUUGUAUGUACUAGCUUGCAAUUGAUCUCGAGUUACAAUAACAGCCUUUUGGUGUCUGCUAAAUUGCAUUUAAUUGGCACAUCUUCAUGAAAUGUCCACAAAUCCACCAAGAACAAGUAAACUCAAGACAUGUUGUCACAGCCAUUGGUUGAUAAGAUUUUCACACCCUAAGUGUACAAUUAAAAGUGUAAGAGAAAAGUCAGGUUUAUUUAUCAUUUGCUCUGUUUACACAGUGAGGUACUGACUGUUCAAAAAGUUGACAAUCCCUUUACAUUUUCACUUUAUAAUAUAAAAAAUGUAAGUGAAACAUAAAACGUAGGAAUGUAAUGUUCAUCUUGAGCAUCUUGAGAAUGUAGCUGUGUUACUCAUACAGUAGAGGUAUUUAAGGGGAAGAAGGAAAUAGAGCUGGUACCUGCCCAUGCUUCAAUAUAUAGUAUUUGACAAGUCAGGGAUCUGUGCAAACACAAUAGACAGCAGAGCAGAUAUAGUCUAAACCACUUUCCAUUGCAUCAGCUGAUAAAAAAAAUCUAUAGGACUUUUUUCUCCAUCUUCUUUUCCGAGAACCACUUUGUUUUAAAG